CCACAGAUAUUCGGACCCAUGCAUCGAUAUUGCUCAGUCAAAUCAAUCUCAUCUUUCUCUCCCACAAUUAAAUAUUUGAUUGAAUGUCAAAAAGUAUUCCUUCACUUACCAAUAUCGCUACAAUUCUUGCACUAGAUACCCAUUUCUCUAAGGAACACCAACCUUUUUAUCUUAAUUUCUUCAUCAUCAAUUCCUGUUCGUGUCAACCUGGAUCAAAUGUUAGUUUCUCACGUGCAAUAGUGAAAAUGGCGUUGUCUUUUUCAUGCUAAACUAACGUAUUAUUGGCUACUCCAGCCAGCCAGCCCAGAGCCAUCACCUCUCUUUCUCUCUAUUUUGGCUGCUUCUUCUUCUUUUCUUCUGUUGAUAGGAUUCUUUUGGCUUCUUUAAUUUGGUGUCUUCUCUUCUCUUGUCUCCUCUCCCCUCCUCUUACAAAUAUCCACCCCCCCCCCCCAUCUUUUUAACUAAAAUAAUACAUAUCCUUUUUCUCCCACUUCCAACCUGCCAAUAUCUAUAUACACCUUUAUUAUAAACAAGAUACAUAUUACUUGCUUUUAGUUAAUUUCAAUUUUCUUGUACGUCUGGCUAGCUUGCACAAACAUGAUGCGUAAAAAGCAGUUCGAUGAAGCCAAGGAUCAUGAUUACGUUGAAACUGAUCCUUCUGGACGAUAUGGUCGGUCUAUUGGUGUUUCCAAAAUGCAUCCAUUAGUUUGAAGAAAUGCUGGGGAAAGGUGCAAUGAAAACAGUGCAUAAAGCAAUCGAUGAGGUGCUGGGAAUGGAGGUGGCGUGGAACCAGGUAAAACUGAAUGAGGUGCUCCGAUCGCCAGAGGAUUUGCAGAGGCUGUACUCAGAAGUUCACCUCCUCAGCACCCUCAAUAAUGAUUCUAUCAUAAGAUUCCACUCCUCCUGGAUCGAUGUUCAUCGCAAGACCUUCAAUUUCAUAACUGAAAUGUUCACUUCGGGAUCUCUCAGAGAAUACAGGAAGAAAUAUAAACGGGUGGACAUCCGCGCCAUUAAGAAUUGGGCUCGCCAAAUACUGCAGGGUCUUGUAUAUCUGCAUGCUCAUGACCCUCCAGUUAUUCACAGAGACCUUAAGUGUGACAACAUUUUUGUUAAUGGCCAUCUUGGGCAAGUUAAGAUUGGCGAUUUAGGGCUUGCAGCCAUUCUCCGAGGAUCCAAAUCAGCCCACAGUGUUAUAGGCACUCCAGAGUUCAUGGCACCAGAAUUAUACGAAGAGGAUUACAAUCAACUCGUUGAUGUCUACUCUUUUGGCAUGUGUGUGUUAGAGAUGCUUACAUCCGAAUAUCCAUAUAGUGAAUGUGCCAAUCCAGCUCAAAUUUACAAGAAAGUGACCUCGGGGAAGCUACCAGGGGCAUUCUACCAGAUUCAAGACUUGGAUGCACAGAGAUUUAUUGGCAAAUGUCUAGUAAAUGCUUCUAACAGACUAUCAGCGGAACAACUAUUGCUUGACCCAUUUCUCGCUAAGGAUGAAGCGACGAGGCUUGGGAGUCCAAAGCUCUUUCUAAAUCAAAGUGAAAUCGAGAAAUUGCACCUCAACGAUAAUCCACCCAGAACAGACAUGACCAUCACUGGGAAGCUUAAUCCUGAAGAUGAUACCAUCUUCCUUAAAGUUCAGAUUGCAGAUACAGAGGGAUCUACUAGGAACAUCUACUUUCCCUUUGAUAUUGUGGAAGAUACGCCAUUGGAUGUGGCAACUGAAAUGGUGAAGGAGCUUGAGAUAACCGAUUGGGAUCCACUUGAAAUUGCAGAAAUGAUUGAUGGUGAAAUUUCAGCUCUAGUCCCACAAUGGAAAAAAUCAGACCUCCCUAGACAUCAAGCCCAUAAUACAUAUAACUACCAGGUAGAUGAUGAUGAUGGGUGUCAUCAUCCGUUUUACUCUUUCUCCUCCUGUUCUUCAUCCCAAAUGUCUGUCUUGAUGUCACAUGGCUGCGAUUGGCUUCGAGAUGAUGAUACCAGCUCUCAGAGCUCUUCGCACUCAGGAAUAUAUUCCAACUUUAGUUACUUGUCCGGAGAUGACCCCAAUCCUGAUAUGAGCCCUACAACAACAGCACGCAAACAUGUCAGCUCAAGAAUUCACAACUCGACAAGAUUUUGGCAUGGAGAAAGUUCAAGAAGCGGGCUGUCAAUAGGUAGUAACAAGGCUUUGGAAUCACAUGCAGCUUGUAGUUCAAAACAUACGAGAUUGUUGAUGGGCAAUCGAAAGCUAACAAGGAAUCGAUCGCUAGUAGAUAUUAGGAGCCAACUACUUCACCGAUCAUUAGUGGAAGAGGUGAGUAAGAGACGGUUGUUUAAGACUGUUGGAGCUGUGGAGGAUAUUGGGUUUCAGUCACCUUGUGAGGUUCCUACCAAAAGGACACAGAGGACUUCAGGGAAGAACCGCAUAAAAUCCUAGGCCUAGCUCUCCACUCCCACCAGUUUUACACGUCAAUGCUCCACUCACUGCCUUUCUUUUAAUUUCAUCACCCAGGGAUGGACGACUGCAUCAAGUACACCCCGAGUUUUGCCUUAAGAAGACAUAAUUAAGGGAUUAAUUGAGUCGUGUAUAUUGGCUAUACGAUUAGCUAGUGUUGCUCCAAUCACACUAUAUACUAUUAUCUUUGAUUACAGAGUGCUUUGGGUAAAAAUUGAGACAUUUUCCAGCGUAAAGUUAUAAGAUAUAUGAUUAGGGAGUGUUGGAUGUAAUGAUAAUGUAUAUUGUAUUUUUAAAAGGAGGAUGCAAGUUCUAACUUUGAAA